AUGCCUAAGAGUGUUGGAAAGAAGCAGAGCAAAGAAUUAUUUCCACAGUGGAAGAGCACUAGACUGAGCAGCCACAGAAAUUCUUGGCUCCUUGUAAGAUCUAUACCCCCGAGUCUUUUGGUGUCAAACAACAGCCACCAUUGUUUGCCUCUAAAUGCAAUUUUUCAGUAUCUCGCCUAUGGCUACCAAAUUGAAUCAACUUUGACCAAAACCUUAGUCAAAACAAAGCCAAGGGCUAGUCAGAAACACAUCAAAACGGCAGCAAAUGAGUCGUUUUACAACAUCAACGUACCAUCGGCGAACACGCGCGAAAGACUCGGCCCCCUGCUCCUCAGAUCAUCAACACAGAGCGCGAUCAAGCCUCGACUAGCCGAGAAAGAUUGUCUCCGACCUCCGGUCGGAAACUCCGAUACUUUACCGGCCGGCCGAAACCAAAAACGAACUAAAGGCAAAGCUCCUCUAUCUCCUCUGAGCAAAAAAUUCACCAGCUGCUUGUUCUGCUCCAACUUUUUGCUUCCCAAUUUCAGAAAACGAAAAAUGUCAGUGUAG